UGAUGCCUUAUCGUCAGACCUCAUAAUGCCGGCUACACCCCCUCCUUUGGCGACUGCUGUCCUUGCUUUUCAGCUUCACCAGUAUUGGUGGCUGACAUUUUGAGACUGAGUGACAUACUCCCUUGCUUUUGAGGUACUGACGUAGCUAUUGGCUUUGUGGCGACAACGAUGUCAAAAUAUCUGACCCUGUUCUACUUGUUCUUGACCGCUGCCUCGCAAACAGCCCUCCGUGAACAAGUCCUAAGCACGUUUAUCUAUACUCGAUAUGGCGACCGGACCCCGCUCGUCCUGUCAACGUCGCCAGCUUUGACGCCUCUCGGUGCACAACAGCUCUUCGAAGCUGGAAGCAAGGUUCGUGACAGAUAUGUGACGCCUGGUGAGGGAGGUGAUGGGGAGACGACCACAAUUUAUGGCAUCUCAGCAUAUCAGCUUCUGUAUGAUCAACUGAGCGUUCUAUCAACGACAGAUCAAUACAUCGCAGCAUCAGCUCAAGCUUUCGUUCAAGGGUUAUACCCUCCUCUUCAGACAUCGUCGAAUUGGACCUAUAUCGCUGGGCAAAGCACUCUUGCAAAUGGCACAAAUAUUGUUGCUCCUCUGAACGGCUACCAAUACCCCCAGAUCUCAACGCUCUCCAGUAACGAUCUCAACUCCAUAUGGGUCAAUGGAAUGGACAACUGCCCAUCGUAUACUGCCUCUACCCAAGAGUACUACGCUACGAGUAAUUAUCAGGAAAUCCUCAGCAACAAUGCGGACUUCUACGCCAGUCUCGAGCCGCAAUUCCUGAACGGCAUCUUCUCCAAUGCCUCUGUUGGCUACUACGACGCAAUUGAAAUAUACGACUACCUCAAAUAUGCGUACCUUCACAACAGCACUGUUGCAGAGUCUCUGUCUGCGGUUGACCUGACAAGGGCUGAGAUCCUCGCAGCAGACUUGGUCUUCGCCCUUAACGCAAAUGUCACAGCUUCUGGUUCAACUGACGGGGACCAUAUCCGAGCAGUUGCUGGGAGAACCCUAGCCACCCGCCUUUUAGAGGCCUUCAACACAAAUAUUAACAAUCAGGGCACGUCUGAUCAGAUGACGCUGCUUUUCGGCAGUUUCGAGCCAAUGGUGGCUUUCGCGGCACUAGCCAACAUUGUUUCUGAGCAAAAUGCAGCAUUUUAUGACGUCCCCGAGCCGGGGUCGAGCUUUAUUUUCGAAAUGCUAUCAAUGCAAGACGGAGAGACGACUAGCUACCCAAACAUGUCCGACAUCUACAUUAGGUUCCUGUACCAGAACGGCACCGAUGACUUUGCAUCUCUGGUCGAGUAUCCUUUGUUUGGUCUCAGCCCAAGUGCAAGUCCGAUUUCAUUCCUAGAUUUUGCCGCUGGCCUGGAGAAAUUCUUGAUGUAUGAUGUUGCGGACUGGUGCACCGCUUGUGCAAGCUUCAGCGUCUUUUGUCCGGCCUUUCUCGAUUCAAACACAACCUAUAGUCCUACGACAGGGACAGUGUCUUCUGGGCAUACCCGUCUGUCGCUUGUGGUAGCCGGAGUCAUUGGAGCUGUUGUGACACUUGCCGUCGCGGCGCUCCUACUUAGUGCUGUCAUGAUUCUAGGGGGUGUCAGGCUACACCGUGUCCAUACGAAACGCAGAUCAGAUUUAGGAGGAUUUAAAGGGGGCGAGAAGCUGGCUAGUGACAGAGAUCUGAGCAUUCCGAAAGGUGGAGCUGGUGCGACUGUAGUAGAGAAUGGCGAGCCAUUGUCUCCUCAUGGUCACGAAAGAGUUGGAAGCUGGGAGAUGGGAGACCCAGCAAAGGCAGAAGAAGCGAAGGGUAGAGUGCUCAACCCGGGUGCUCUCCGACGUCCCAGCUUCGAGGAUGACAAUCUUUCCAUUAAUUCACAUGCAUCACCAACAAAUCCACACGAUCAUGUUUGAAUCCAACCAGUUUUGAGGAGCCUCUGGCAAAACGAGACAAAGAGAUCCAGCAAAAAUGUCCCCUGGCAUUGUCCAGUCUAAUGAACUCAACGACUUUCGAUGAUAUAUGAAUGGUCGACACGAAGGUGUGCGACGGCCCUGGGAGCGUGAAUAUUG